AUGGGAACCGGAGGUGUCCUCUUUACUUUUGGUAAUCUAUCAUCUUUAAUUAUGUUUUAUGCAUCUUUUAAUGGUAUCAAUGAGAAUAUACCUAAAAUCCUAAGCCAAUUGACAAAUUUAAAUGGUCUUGCAUUGACGCAAAACAAGUUGGUUGGUUCCAUUCCUUCCUCCAUCUUUAAUCUCUCUUCCAUCACAGUUAUUGAUAUAGUUGGGAACCAAAUUCAGGGGACGCUUCCCUCAAACAUCGAAAUUACUCUUCCUAAUCUUCAAUGGCUUAACAGUGGACUGAAUUUGUUUACUGGGUCCAUUCCUAUUUCAAUGUCUGAUGCCACCAAGCUAUAUCACCUUGACUUUGGAACUGGUGACUUGAAUUUUCUCAACUCGUGGGUCCAAGCCACCAAUUUGAACUUCCUUGAUCUGAGCAGCAACAACUUUGGAGGGGUGUUUCCUGAAUCUAUCAGUAAUUUCUCCACUAAUCUUGGUAAACUUCGCUUGCAGAACAAAAAAAUAGUUGGAAGCAUCCUAACCAGAAUGGGGAUUUGUCUACUUAAAGCUACUGAUGGCUUUUCUCCAUCCAAUUUGACCGGUGUUGGUUCGGUGUACGAAGGAAUUCUUUGUCAAAGUGAAAAGAUUGUAGCAGUAAAGGUACUAAAUCUUCAAUGUCGUGGUGCUUCCAAGAGUUUCUUUGCUGAGUGUGAGGCCUUGAGGCACAUCAAACAUCGGAAUCUUGUCAAGGUUCUCACAGCAUGUUCAAGUGUUGACUAUCACAGUGACGAUUUCAAAGUUGUUGUUUAUGAGUUUAUGGUCAACGGUAGCCUAGAGGAUUGGUUUAAAUGA